AGUUCCAGGCUUUGUGAGACUGUUAACACCGAAAGGAGCUUUAGAUUUGAGGGAGGAAAGUUGGAAUGCUUUUCCUUACUCUAAAACGAUAAUAUCGAAUGAAUACCUGGGUGAUCGGAUGAGCAUAAGUGUCGAAUCCAUCCACCUGGAGGACCGAGGCGAUACCGAGAACGCUCUCAACCUGACUCCAGAUCAGCUCAAGAUACGUGAAGUAGUUUUGAUUGACAUUGGAGAAAAUUUAGGAUCCGAUGAAGAAGCACAACUGCCAGAAGAUGAAAUUCCGCGACGCUAUAGAUCGUCAAAAACCCUGAGGGGUCCUCUGACCACGAACUGGAUCAACGAAGCCGAGCCCGUAAUGUGUAGCUACAAACUUGUCACGUGCGAAUUUAAAGUUUUUGGUCUUCAAAAUCGACUAGAAAACUUUAUUCAGAAAAAUGAGCAAAGGGUUUUCUCAUCGUUUCACAGACGCAUGUUUUGCUGGAUUGACCAAUGGAUCGACAUGACGUUGACAGAAGCUCGACUUUACGAGGAACAAGUUGCUGAUGAACUGAAUGCAAUGCGUGAAUCUGGUGCUGUUCGUGGAAUUCGGGCAGUUGAAUGACACCAAUAAUUUACAAAAUUUCUUACCAUAAUUUAGCACCGUACAUAAAUUUUUCAAAAUAAAUUUAAAGUG